CAGAUGUGUUACUACAUUGAUACUUCAUAACUCAAACACGGGUAGAGAAGGAAAAAGAACCGCGCGUCAUCAUUUCACCUCUCGCCUGCGAUCACCCGAUAACUCCUCCUCCAGCCGCUGCCCUUCGCUGGUCGCCGCCCUUCACCGCCUCCACCGAUUGUCGCCGGCCACGCUUCGCCCGCUGACCUGGCCAUCGCCUCCCGUCACCGACACCACAGCCGCCACUCUCACCCAUCCUUUCUGCCAUUCUCUGUUCAGCGCUGUUUUUGGCACGUCUCCAGUCGCUGUUGCCGCUGAUCGUGGCUGUAGAUUUGUGAUUUAGAGGAAUUUAAGGCCGCUGUCCAGCAAGGGAUUUAUAUUGGGUGACAUUUCGAUUCAAAUUUCAAGCUAUAUAAUCAGUAGAAUUUGGUGAACUGGAUAAAGGGACUUUUGGGCGGAGCAUGGUUUUUGCAAGCUAAAGGGAAUUUACCUUGAUAGUUUUUGUUUCAAUCUAAGGGAUCCCUUUCAGCAUCUCAAUUUCCAGAAUCUGAAAUAGCACAAAGGGAAGAUUAUGGAGGAAGGAAACGAGGAAGAGAACUUACAGCAAACCGCUCACAAAAAGAGUAAGACCAUUAUCAAGAUACCCUCUUAUCAAGAAGUCAUCGAGAGCUCACAGCCAAAGUCACAAUCCUUCUCCCAAGCCUUUGCGUUCCUCAAAUCCUCUGAAUUUUACUCUCCUCCUCCAAAACCAGCAUCUGCCUCCUCCUCUCAAUCCUUGUCGGCUUCUGAGAUCACAAACCCAAGAAAAAAUGAUCAACUAGAUACCUCAUCUUCUUCAACAUCAGCUUCUACAACUACUCCAAAUAAUAGCUCGUCAGUGCCGAGCUCUGUUAGUCACAAUGCUAUUCUUGUGAGCAAUAGACAGAAGGGAAAUCCCCUUCUCAAACACGUCAGGAAUGUGAGAUGGGCUUUUGCAGAUGUAGUACCUGAUUACUUACUUGGACAAAGCUCUUGUGCUCUCUAUCUAAGUCUUCGGUAUCAUCUACUGCAUCCGGACUACCUGUAUUACCGUAUAAGAGAAUUGCAAAAGAAUUUCAAGCUUCGUGUAGUUCUGUGUCAUGUUGAUGUGGAAGAUGUUGUGAAGCCUUUGCUUGAAGUCACCAAAACAGCUCUACUUCACGAUUGUACCCUUCUUUGUGCUUGGAGUUUGGAGGAGUGUGGUCGCUACUUGGAGACUAUAAAAGUUUAUGAAAACAAGCCUGCAGAUCUUAUUCAAGGCCAGAUGGACACCGACUAUCUGUCACGGCUAACUCAUGUCCUGACAUCAGUUCGGCAUGUUAACAAGACUGAUGUGGUCACCCUUGGAACGACAUUUGGGUCUCUAUCUCAUAUUAUGGAUGCAUCCAUGGAAGAUCUAGCUCGUUGCCCUGGUAUAGGUGAGCGCAAGGUAAGGCGGCUGUACGACACCUUUCACGAGCCAUUCAAGCGCAUUGUUUCAACCCACCCUGGUGCUCCAGAAACUCCAACCCAGAAUAAUACCAAACCUCGCUCAAUGGAUGAAGAACAAGAUGUGGAUGAGAAGAGAACAGAAGAUGGUAGCCAACACAAAAAGGAACCUGAAUUAAAUAUCAAAUCAGCUCUCUCUGCUGCUUUUGCCAAAUAUGCUGACAAAAUUGGUAAAAAUUGUAGCAUGCCACGAGGAGAAGAAAGAGGAGAACCUGAAAGUAGCAACUUGCAGUAAUUUUCAGCUUGUGGCCACCCAAAUCCAUUUAAAAUGAAGACCAGCUGAUAAGAAGUAGCAACUGAAGGUCUGCUUGUUCAUGUUGCUGUAGAGUACGAUCAUGUUGCUACAUCCUUCAGAACACAAUCUGAACGCGCUCGUGUACUGUUUACAAAUGUUGCUUCGCUAUCAGUUGGAACACAAGAUUGCAAGUGAGUUUUAGUAGUCCGAAAAACGACAUGUAAAUUAUAUUUGCUUUUUGUUAUUGGUUGUUUUUAGUUGUAAAGCCUGUAAUGUUUCCUGGACAAAUGACAACUAAAGAUGUUUAUUUCCAUGAAAAAUGUAAUCCAUCAAUGAUAACCUGAAAAGUAAAUUUUAUUC